CGUUUAAUCGCGUGCAGCUCGCGCGAGACGUGAUGCUUGGAGCGCGCGGUGACGAUCCGGACACGCCAUGCAGGACUGAUUCCGCAUCAGGGGAUUCACGCUGGAUGUGGCUUGAUCGGGGAUCUGCUCGCACAUUUGCCGGCAGAUAGUCGGCUGUACCUAUUAAAACUGUGUCACGUUCGAUUAGCCCGCGAUAUAAAGUUUUCCGCUUUGUCUUGUCGGUGAACUUUUUUUUGCACUAUUUUGCGUGCUCGUGUGCAGAAGUAGUGUGCUCGAUUUAAGGGAUCUCAGAAGUUAAAGUUCGCCUGCUGUUGUCGUGGGGCUGAGUCUUCUGCAGGAAUGUCGCAGAAAGAGAGACCCACUUUCUACCGACAGGAUCUCAACAAAACCGAAUGGGAGGUUCCGGAGCGCUACCAGAAUCUGUCCCCAGUCGGUUCUGGUGCUUAUGGAUCUGUAUGCUCAGCCUAUGACGAGAAGAUGAGCCUGAAAGUCGCUGUGAAGAAGCUGUCCCGCCCCUUCCAGUCUAUCAUCCACGCCAAGCGGACCUAUCGCGAGUUGCGGCUCCUCAAGCACAUGAAGCACGAAAAUGUCAUUGGCCUGCUGGACGUCUUCACACCCAGCACCAGCCUGGAGGAGUUCAGUGAUGUGUACCUGGUGACCCACCUGAUGGGGGCUGAUCUGAACAACAUCGUCAAGUGUCAGAAGCUGACCGACGACCACGUCCAGUUCCUAAUCUAUCAGAUACUGCGGGGAUUAAAGUACAUCCACUCAGCGGACAUCAUUCACAGAGACCUGAAGCCCAGCAACCUGGCUGUGAACGAGGACUGUGAGCUGAAGAUCCUGGACUUUGGUCUGGCUCGACACACUGACGACGAGAUGACCGGCUACGUGGCCACCAGGUGGUACCGGGCUCCAGAGAUCAUGCUGAACUGGAUGCACUACAACAUGACAGUGGAUAUCUGGUCCGUGGGCUGCAUCAUGGCUGAGCUGCUCACCGGCCGGACGCUCUUCCCUGGAACAGACCAUAUAAACCAGCUCCAGCAGAUAAUGCGGCUGACGGGGACGCCGCCGGCCUCGCUAAUAAGCAGGAUGCCGAGCCACGAGGCCAGAAAUUACAUCAACUCUCUACCUUACAUGCCCAAGAGGAACUUUGCUGACGUGUUUAUCGGGGCCAAUCCCCUGGCUGUGGACCUGCUGGAGAAGAUGCUGGUUUUGGACACGGACAAGCGCAUUACAGCGGCGGAGGCUCUGGCACACCCGUACUUCACCCAGUACCACGAUCCAGAGGACGAACCCGACGCUGAUGCCUAUGACCAGAGCUUCGAGAGCCGCGAACUGCAAAUUGAGGAAUGGAAACGGUUGACCUACGAGGAGGUAUUGAGCUUUGAGCCCCCGGUGUUCGAUGAGGACGACGUGAUGGAGGCAUGAGGACCGCAGAUGAUUUCUCCUCAGAUGGGCGUUGUUGAAAACCCCAGUCCCACCCUACCCAGCCCCACCCCCACCCCAUUCCUCCACACCCACCCAGGGGCAGAGGGCCUGUUCCUCAUUGGACCUUUUCAGGGUGAUACAUUCAAGUGCCUGUCGUCAUUAAUUCUUUUAUUCUUCCAUGAGUUCCUGGGGCAGACGCAACUCUUUCCACAAAUUCUUGAUUCUGCUCCAAACACACCUUGGACAAAAUGCUCCUGUCUGCCUCAAGACAGGGACCAGUGACAGGAAGCCAUCACAAUACCUUCAUCACAUCGCCAUAACAUGUAUAAUAAUGUUUGUCUAAAUCUGUUGAGAGCUUGUGAAUCUGAUCAUGUUUUACAUGGAAAGAUAGUCAGAUUUGUGAUGUAAUUUGCGUGGUGUUAUGGCGUGAUGUUAAUGACAAUGUUAUUUGGGCAUUACGAUGAUCGCUUCAAACUCGCAAAAAAAAAAAUACCGCUUUACAACUUCAUCGCUUUUGGAAUGACCACUUUCACUGCCAGAAUCAGUUGAAUAUUAGAAUGUAAUUCAGUAUACAGAGCCACUGUUUGUUCCAUGGGAUUUAGGAACACCUCCCUAAUUAGGGUACAUUAAGAGGAUUUGUCUGGAGCAAUACUCAUAUUACUUGUGUCCUCAAUCUGCUACAAUGAUUGAGGAUUGGAAAAAUAUUCUGGUGGUGAAAGCAUGUCUCAGAAUCCAAAUCGAUACUUUUGCCUCACUGGUCAUAAGCCAUAUAUAUUUAAGGUACAUACUGAACUUGUGAAUUCUUGAUGCGUAUUGGUGGUGGUUGGUUGGGUGGGGAAUCAUGUUUUGUUUCUUGUUUAGUUUGGAUUUUAGGUAUUAAGUCCAGGUAUUACGGAGCAGUUAUUUAUCCUCCUACCACAAAUAUUGUAAAACGCUCAUUACCUGGUUAAGCCUAGCUCACAAUGAAUGUGUUCACUUUGUGUCUGGUGUUGACCAGUGACCCCCUAGUGGUAGGGAGGAGCACUUUGCCCCUUGUGACCUGUUAUAUUGUCCUGUCUGCCCUAUGAUAGGACAUUACUGUAUCUCCGACAUGGGUUAAGUAAACUUUAAACCAAGGUUCUUUUAUCAUAUCACGAUGACCAUUUCACCUGUGGCUUGAGUUUGCUUUUUUUUUUUUCUUUUUUUCUUUUCUUAAUCCUCAUUGUUUUUGAGCCACGGUUACGUAGUUAGAACAUUAAUGACUUGGGUAAGUUUCCUCCUCCAUAAUGCAAAGCCCACCUGCCCUUUGUCUGAGCAGAAGGCCGACUUCUGUAAUUCUGUUCCUCUCCUCAGUUGUACUUCCUCCAUUUAGGAAACAAUCAGGGUACAGCUGUUGAGAAACUCGUCAAUCUGAGCCACUGCCCUUUAUUCUGAAAGAGCUGAUUAGUUGCGUUUCCGUGUCGUCGAAGCGUAAGGCACUCACCCAAGAUUCGGCCCCUCAACUAUGACAAUAGGUUCCGGAUGUACAUAAGUAUCCGUUAAAGCUUUUAAAAACAUUUUAUUCUAUUGGCUGUGUGUUGAUGAUGUGAUAUUACUUGAUUCCAAGUAAUACUGUAUUGCAUGUGUCUUUGUGUGUUUUGCCUGUGUGUUUGUGUGAGCCUGUUUUCAGGAGACGAGGCGGUAAUGGUAUCACAAAUGUAAUAUGAUAUGAACAGUAAAAUAAAUUACAAUAUUUAUAGCCUUAAAGAGAAUGGACAGGUCUAGACAUUUUUUCUUCCUCUGUUAGAACCUGCUAUUAUAUGAGAUGGUAAGACCACGUUUUGCAUUCAUAACUCCUCUGUACACUGAGAAUAGUGACCUGUAAAUAGCACUGUUAAGAAAAAUAAAGACAUAUUUUUAAAAACUAAAA